AGUUUCAAUUUUACUGAUGUAUUUUUCAGUACACACAAUUUGAAAACCAUAAAAUGGAGCUGCUUGAUUGAUCUGGAACUGUUAUUUAUCAUAGAAAUUAUUUAUAUCCAAUGGCUUUAAUGCGGAAAUAUUUUGUAGCCGGCAUAGUGAGAUAUUGGCUUAUUCAUACAGACUAUUGGCAGACAAUUGCUAAUAGAGUUGAAAUAGCAACGCCUCUGAACUCAUGGAAGAGGUUAAUUGAAGGAGUAUAUUUGUACGAUCAUGGGAUAGAUCCUUAUGAAGGGGACUCGUUUCACGAGUCUCCUAUAAUGCUUCUGUUUUUUCAUUUUAUAUUAAAAAAAGUACCUUAUCUAUUACCACUUAUAUUCACUUUUAUGGACAUUCUAACUGCACAUAUUCUAUACAAAACUUCGAAGGCGUUUGUUCGACUUUUUGAAGAGACCCAAGAAAAGAACAAACAACAUGUAGCUGAGGAAUCCAAAACAAUGCUUUUGAACAAAUCUCAGUUAAAUGAAGCACCAGACUAUGUUUUGUCAGUUUAUUUAUUCAAUCCUUAUUCUGUAUUGAACUGUGUCGGAAUGACCAGUACUGUCACUCAAAAUUUAUUAAUAAGCAUGUCUUUGUGGGGAGCUGCAAGUGGACAAAAAUUGCUUGCUUGUAUAUUUAUUGCGUUGGCUACUCACCAAGCUCUGUACCCCAUUCUUCUGGUUGUACCAAUAUCAAUUUUAUUAGCAGAUGUGAAUAAGGGAUGUAAUAAGUGUUCUUAUAUUAGAACACUUCUUGCCUUUGUUUUGUGUUGGGGUUUUUUGAUUUACAUCUCUGCAUAUAUUAUGGACGGCUCCUACAGAUAUGUUUAUAAUACUUAUGGUUUUAUACUAACAGUACCGGAUUUAAAACCUAAUAUUGGCCUAUUCUGGUACUUCUUCACAGAGAUGUUUGAACACUUUAGACUGUUGUUUGUCUGUGCAUUCCAAAUAAAUGCACUGGCACUAUAUGUAGUUCCUUUAACACUAAGGUUUCAUAAAGAACCAGUGUUAUUAGCUACAGUGCUAAUAGCUCUUUCUACAAUAUUCAGAUCUUAUCCUUGUGUGGGCGAUGUUGGGUUUUAUUUAGCCCUUUUGCCUCUGUGGAAACAUCUCUUUACAUUUAUGCAACAAAAAUUCAUUGUCGGAUGCGCAUUUAUCAUCACAUCUGUACUUGGACCCACCGUUUGGCAUCUAUGGAUCUACUCUGGUUCCGCCAAUGCCAAUUUCUUCUUUGGAGUUACACUAUCAUUUGCAACAGCCCAAAUUUUUCUGAUAACCGACCUUCUAUUUGCCUAUAUCAAGAGAGAGUUUACACUUAAACAUGGUUCAUCUCGUAGAAUUGACGAUAAGCCAGCUAAAUUAGUUCUUCAAUAAUUCCAUUUUUUGAUAAAAUAUUCAAAAAUAAUAAUAU